AUGAUCAGAAAAGAGUGCCGAAACGAUGAAGGAGGUCGACAGGUGGCUGGAAUCGAGUUGCCAUUCGACUCUUGCAAUACUGCCAGAACCAGAUCCCUCAAUCCUCGUGGAGUCUUCGUCUCGACUACCGUUGUCAUCUCUUUCCAUCCACAAUUCGUGACAAAAGGUCGAUCGAGCAUACAGAAUCCAAUGCUUCUACAUGGAACACAGGUUGUACCAAUGCCCAUCUGUCGUUACGAGAUUCUCGAUGGAGGACCAUCCGGACAGCCCAUUCAGUUCGCCACCAUCGGUCAACAGGUGUACCACAAGUGGACUUGUGAUUCCGAGACCACCGACACCUUCUGCGCCGUCGUCCACACCUGCACUGUUGAUGAUGGAAACGGUGAUACAGGUCCAGAUCUGAAACGAGGACGGAUGCGCCCUUGA